AUGAUUCUGACUGCAGGGCUGGGGAAGGCCGAGAAUGUCCUGGGCCCCUCCCAGGACCUCUUCCAGACACUGCCUCCUGCUCCGAGUCAUGGCCCGCUUGGCCUGGUCUCCUCCCUGGACUGGAAGGCCCCCCACAGCCGGGAUCCCUUUGAGAAGUGCAUGCAGGACCCUGACUAUGAAUGGCUGCUCAAGGUCAUGACCUUGGGCCUCAACCGAACCAGGACGCCACAGAGGGUGAUCGUGGUGGGUGCUGGUGUGGCCGGGCUGGUGGCUGCCAAGGUGCUUGGUGAUGCCGGCCACAAGGUCAUUGUCCUAGAGGCAGACAGUAGGAUCGGGGGCCGCAUCUUAACCUAUCGGGAUAAGAAGACAGGCUGGAUUGGGGAGCUGGGUGCCAUGCGCAUGCCCACCUCACACAGAAUCCUGCACCAGCUGUGCCGGAAUCUGGGCCUCAACCUCACCAAGUUCAUGCAGUAUGACGAGAACGCAUGGACGGAGGUGCGGGAGGUGAAACUGCGCAACUUUGUGGUGGACAAGAUGCCUGAGAGACUGGGCUAUAAGUUGCGGGCUCGGGAGCAAGGCCACUCACCGGAGGAGAUCUACCAGAUGGCGCUUAGCAAGGCCAUCAGAGAUGUCAAAACCAUGGGGUGCAAAAGGGCAAUGAAGAAGUUUGACAAACUCACGCUCCUGGGAUACCUUCUUGGGGAGGGGAAUAUAAGCCAGCCCGCCGUGCGGCUCCUGGGUGAUGUGAUGUCCAAGGACGGCUUCUUCUAUCUCAGCUUCUCCGAGGCCCUGCGGGCCCACAGCUGCCUCAGCGACCAGCUCCGGUACCUCCGCAUCGUGGGCGGGUGGGACCUGUUGCCACGUGCGCUGCACAACUCGCUAUCGGGUUUGGUGCUGCUGCACUCGCCGGUCGUUGGGAUAACGCAGACAACAAAGGAAGUGCAUGUGCACAUCAGGGACGACACUCGGUCCCAGCACCAGAAGGUCAUGGCUGCCGAUGCGGUGGUGCUGACGGUCAGUGGGCCGGCGCUUCAGCGCAUGACCUUCAAGCCACCCCUGCCACUUAAGCAUCAGGAGGCGCUGCGCGCGCUGCACUACGUGCCGGCCACCAAGGUGUACCUGAGCUUCACCCAGCCCUUCUGGAAUAAGGAGCACAUCCGGGGUGGCCACUCCAACACGGACCGCCCAUCGCGCAUCAUCUUCUACCCAGCACCGGGCGAGGGCGCGCUGCUGCUGGCCUCGUACACGUGGUCCGACGCCGUGGCCCCAUUCGCCGGCCUGAGCGUGCAGGCAGCGCUGCGCUUGGCACUCAAUGAUUUGGCGAUGCUACACGGAUCCGUCGUCUACCAGUUCUGGGAUGGCACUGGCGUGGUCAAGCGCUGGGCCGACGACCCACACAGCCAGGGCGGCUUCGUGGUGCAGCCGCCGGGGCUCUGGCCCAUAAGCCAGGAGCCCAGCUGGUUCUCCCCCUACAGCCGCAUCUACUUCGCCGGCGAGCACACGGCCUACCCGCAUGGUUGGGUGGAAACGGCCGUGAAGUCAGCGCUGCGGGCCGCAGUGGCCAUCAACAGACAGAAGCGGGGCCAUGCGGUGCCCGGGCAGGACAAGGUGCGGCAGCAGCAUGGCAGUGGGGGGGGGCACUGA